AUGGAAGAUCUCCGAAAUUCGACAUUAAAGUUUUUCACCGAUCAAGAGCUUUGUUAUGCUGAUAUCGUUCCUCCGGCUCAGGUUCGAGCAAGAAUUGAAGUGUCAGUGCUCAGUUUCCUCAAAAUAUUGAAUGCAUCUACCCCUGCAAUCUCUGAUUUGCCUUUGAUUCAAAGAAAAUUGAGCAACAGUCGGGUGAAUCAUGGUCUGUUAACCAAAUUAUCAUAUGUUUUUCUCUCCAAUUCUGUGUCUAUAAGGUCGCUUAUGAGACCUAAUGCAGGAAAAGCCUUUGUUAGGGUGUGGAAGGUGAUGGAAAUGUGCUAUCAGAUAUUGCUUCAGGAAAAGCGUGUCACACAGAGAGAACUCUUCUACAAACUGUUAUGUGAUUCACCACAUCUGUUUCCUUCUCAAAAGGAUGUCAAUAGGACAAUCCAAGAUCUUGUAGCGUUGCUUCGGUGCAGCAGAUACAGUCUUGGAAUCAUGGCAUCUAGUCGCGGACUCAUUGCUGGCCGUCUGAUUAUGCAGGAACCAGGCAAAGAGGCUGUUGAUUGCUCAGUGUGUGGAUCCUCUGGACAUACAAUUUCUGGUGACUUGAGUUUGUUAGAUAAAUUGAUUCUAAAUGCAGACGCACGGUACAUUAUCAUUGUGGAAAAGCAUGCAAUAUUUCAACGGCUUGCUGAAGAUAGGUUUUUUAAUCAAAUUCCAAGCAUUCUUAUCACGGCUAAAGGCUACCCAGAUAUGGCCACAAGGUUUCUUCUUCAUCGAAUCAGUAGAGCAUUUCCAGACUUGCCAAUUUUAGCUUUGGUGGAUUGGAAUCCAGCCGGAUUAGCUAUACUAUGCACAUUCAAAUUUGGAAGUGUAGGAAUGGGCCUAGAGUCAUAUAGAUACGCUUGCAAUGUCAAGUGGUUAGGACUGCGGGGGCACGAUCUACCCAUGCUUCCUGAUCAAUCUUUCGUUCCAUUGAAGACAAAGGACCUACAAAUUGCUCAAAGCUUAAUGUCUUCCAAAAUCAUACAGGAGAAUUACAAGGAAGAGGUUGCCUUGAUGGUUCAGAGCGGCAGGAGAGCUGAAAUAGAAGCCCUAUACUUUCAUGGAUAUGAUUAUUUAGGGAAGUACAUAGCUAAGAAAAUUGUACAGUCCGAUUAUAUAUAA